UGUGUUCAUUUCUAUAAAAUACACACAAAUAUCCUUCAGAAAUGUAUGCAGGAAACUUAGGAAAUUUCGGUAAAUAGAAUCUUCAUGGGGGAAAAAAGUGUUGUAUAAUAUUUUCACAUCGACGCAACACUUUCCGGUACUUCCUGGGUGAAAGCAGAGGGAUACUGCAACUCGUCCAACAUGGCUGGCCAGGAAGAUCCAGUGCAAAGAGAGAUUCACCAAGACUGGGCGAAUCGAGAGUACAUAGAAGUAAUUACGAGCAGCAUCAAGAAGAUCGCCGACUUUCUUAACUCGUUUGACAUGUCGUGUCGAUCUCGUUUGGCCACACUCAACGAGAAGCUGACAGCGCUGGAGAGGAGGAUUGAAUACAUUGAGGCAAGGGUGACAAAAGGAGAAACCCUGACCUAGAAGUGGCCAUUGAAACUCAUAACACCCCCAACCUACCUGCCAUCUCUCACCCUGAAGUUUUGGACUAAGUGUGAUGGACUCCACCCUCCUAUUUUUGGACGAUGUGGACCUUUUUUUUUUUCUUUUUUUUAAAAAUAUAUUAUAUGGCUGGAUUUUGUGUUAUUUUAUCUCAUGACGCAUUUGUACAGAAGAUGUGUGUCUAACUUGGCUACCAUUGAUUCAAGCAUCAUUAUAUUCUAUUACAAAACAAAACUAAGCUCCACUAGUAUUGGUUUAAAGUAAGUCUGGAGCACAAUUAUGAUUUAUAAAUUUUGUAUCACUGCAGUUUGACCAUCUGUGUUGUGUACAGUGUCACUUCCAAAUGAAAGCUGUAUCAAAAGAGGAACAUUUGCUUGUGCCAAGAUGAACUAUUAUUGUGUACUUACAUUUAAUAAGGGCCUCCUUGUACAGCAAAGUGUUUGGUGAUGUUUCUGAAUUUAACUACUGUAAUAAAUUACCUUAAAUAACAUUGUAGCUGAACUUAACUUUUUUUUCAACAGUUAUGUUGCUAUGUUGAAGAUGGGUCUAGUUAUGACUAUUAUGUAAUCAGACAGACACACAAUGUUUAUACAAACUUGUAGUGUAUAUAGACUAGAGCUUGACAUGAAACAACAUAUUAAAUGGGUCAGAUUGCUAUUGUAUGCAGGUUUUGGUACAGUUAGAAGAAUUCAUUGCAAUGGCAUUAAUGUGUAACAAAUGUUUUAUGAAUAAUAAAUAAUACUUGCAUAAAGAGUAA